UAUCUACUAUCAUAAAUUGAUAUCAAGACGUCCCUGUGCACAAACUUUUAUUUAGUUGGAUGUACCCAAUUUUAAAUCUAAUGUAAAUUUCAGAUUGGCAACUGGUCCCAUUUUCUCGGUUACAUUCUGUUUUUAGUUUCCGUGUUACUCCAAAUACUUAUGAUGAGCAUUUUCGGUGAACAGAUCAUAACGGAGAGCAGAAGAGUAGGCGAAGCAGCUUUUCUCAGUAAAUGGCAUGACAUUGAUGAGAAAGCCAAGAAAACUAUACUUAUAAUUAUGAUAAGAUCUCAUAAAUAUCAGAAACUGACUGCAUAUAAAUUUUCUGUCAUUUCUUAUGGAAGUUUUACGAAGGUGAGUUUGAGAUUAGUAAAAAAUAUACAAUAUUUUGCACCAGAAUUUCGCUUAGCUUUCUUUUAGACAUAAGAGAAAUCAAAAGUUUAGCGUUUAGCACAUUAGAACUAAUUAUG